AUGUCGGCGAUGUCUCAGAAAUCCGACGCUACUGACACAUCCGACCAUGGCGAGUUUGUGGACUCUGACGACGAAGUCACAGAGUAUUCUGAAUCCCCAUAUCGAUAUGAUGAAAGCUCACGACCAUACUAUCCCAUCCGAAUCGGAGAACUGCUCAACGAAACGUAUCUAAUUGAGCAUAAACUUGGACACGGCGGCUUUGCCACUGUCUGGAUGGCCUACGAUAUCAAAAACAAGAAGAACGUGGCUCUCAAGAUCAUGACUGCGGGCGAUUCAGGAGAACAUGAACACCGUGCACUAGAGGAAAUCAAGAAGGCUGUGAAAAAUACGACUGGACUUGUUAUAUCCCAAUCGGCCUUUUUUCUUCGUGGCAGAAACUCUAACCACAGAGUCUUUGUAUUUCCCUUACUUGGUCCGUGUCUCGACGCCCUAGUUGGAAGGGAGAUACCUAUGGCUUCUCGCAUGUCAGCCGCGAAGCAGUUACUAGAGGCUUUGGCAAACCUACAUGAAGGUGGAAUUGUGCACCGCGAUAUUAAUAACAAAAAUAUUAUGUGGGGUAUGGCUCCUCUCGAGAAAUUCGAUAAAGCUACCAAGUACAAGUUACUUGGCCGUCCUCUGAAGGUAGCCAUACCGGACGAACCAUGGAGAGAAGGAGAGGUCGUCAAGCCGAUAGAGGUUCCGGACGAUCUACGGACUGAGGAUUUCUACCUCGGCGACUUUGGUCUUGCCAUGAGAGCAGGCACACCCGUCACUCAACAAGGCCGCCCACCUAUUGAGUAUUGUUCUCCUGAACGGCUUCACAACCACGAUCCAAGCUUUGCCUGUGAUAUGUGGAGCUACAUGUGCAUCUUUAUGCAGCUAUACCUUGGAAUGUUGCCAUUCCACACAUGGGCGACGGGAGGGGUGGCGACUACUAUGGUCCAGAUCUUAGGCCCGAUGCCCGCAGAGUGGAAGGGUCAUUACUGUCCUCCUGAAAAAACCCUUGAUUCAUGGUAUAAUCAGGACGAUAUGCCCGACGUUGAAUCUAAGCUUAAAGAGUUAAUUCUUCGUAAAAGGCCUAACUCAAGUCCAAUUGAGCAAAAACACGCAUUAUCCGUUUUAUCUAAAGGGCUCCAACUUUCUCCUGAGAAACGUCCGACUGCAAAGGAACUUCUACGGGACCCUUCCUUCAUGGCGCUCAUUGAUAUCCAUUGUCAUUAG